AUGGUCGUCAAAACUGGCAGUGGGACCGCCAGGGGAGCCAUCAACAAGAACGGCAAAACGGACGGCCAAAUACUCAACAACGAAACUGGCAAGAUAAUAGGUCACGAGGCCGGCAAUCACACCAGCAACAAGAGAGGAAAAACAAUUGGCAAGAUAACAAUCCACAAAACCUGCGAGAACACCGGCAAGAAAACCUACGAGAAAGGCAAGAUGAAUGGAAGCGAAAUCAGCAACACAACCAGCGAGAUAAUCGACUCCAUGAAAGCCAUCAAAACCGGCAGCAACAAAGACAACAAGCACGGCAGGAAAACCGGUCACGCGAACGGCAACAAACCCAUCAACGAGAUAAGCAACAACCCCGGAGACAAAACCGGCAACAUAACCGACAUACAAAUCGGCAAGUACCUCAUCAGAACAUGCGGAAUCGCAAACAGGAGAGACAAUAUGAGGAGCACCUAA